AUGGUACCCAGGCCGAGCGUCGUUGACCUUUUCCCGACAGAGCUCUUUCUGAUGGUGAAAGAGUACAUCCCGCAUUCCGACGUACGGACACACGCGUGCUUCUACGGCACCCACCCCCGGAUCGCUGCAAUUUACGACGCGAACGCGAAGGACCAGGACCUCUUCUGGCGACACGCUCUCUGGCUCUCGGGCAUCGGCCUGCUCGACGGAGAGGACCCAGAGAAGAUGCAGUGGAAGAAGCUCGCGCUCGGCAUCGUCGAGCGCGACGGCUUCUGCACCAACCCCCGCUGCGGGGGCGCGCUGCUCGAGCAAAACGCGGAGGACAUGCGCAAGUGCAUGGAACAUGCGGAACGCCCCUUCGCGCCAUUCGCGGCCUACCCCGCAGACGCGCCCGUAGCCCUCCCGCUGCUCACAAACGCCUUCCUCGCGAUCGACGCGGAGUUCGUCGGCACCAAACCCAGCGAGCUCGUGCGCAUCCCGACUGGCCAGUCUACCCCCGCGGGCAAGCCGAUAUACACGCCGCUGCGCGCGCACCCCAUCGCCUCGCGCAGCUUUGCGACGUUCCCCCCCAUCCAGCAGAUGUGGUUCAACCCGUAUGUCGGGCAGAAGCUCGGGCCCGCUUCCAGGCGCUACGGUGUGACCGUCCGGGACGUUUUGGAGACGAUCAACGAGGGCUUGGACGAACCGCUGCAGGUGCCUGCGGUAGCGUUCUGCAUCGGCGACGUGAUGCGGUCUCUGGCGGAUUGGGACCCUGAGACGCCGGUGCCGCGAUGGAACAUAUUCGAGGCGAUGGCGCGCCUGGCGACUCUGCGCAAGGUUUUGCGGUACUUCAGCCGCUUCGACAGAAUCGAGUUGUUGAGCAGGGCCGAUCACGAUCCGGUGUUCGUCGUUGUCCUGUGCAAGCGGGACUUUAGUUGGAUGAAGGCGGGGGAGCUCACGGAUCUGUCCAAUGCGUGGUGGGCCGAAUGGAUACCGAGCGUUGAAAUUUGA